UUAUUUUUCCCAAAAUGCAAUGCGCAUCCAUCAUGGCUGCUCACUUAUGCCACUAGCAGCACAUGGAUGGGUCGAAAUAGCCAUUUGAUCUCUGACUAAAAAGCACUUAAGGUCACUUGUCUCAUUAAGAGAAGGAUUCCGUGUAGUCGCACCCGGAGGCGUUGGUCAUGCAGCUUGACGUAGAGGUCCCCGUCCUCCGAGGCUUUCUAACACCCAGCGAGGCACAGCUAUGGAAGCAAACCGUGUUCAACACGGCAGAGGCGGGCCCACUGCUGGAGUCCUUGAUGGAGGGGGACUUUGAGGCAGUUCUGCGGAGCCCCCAAGUGUCUCAUCUGCUCACUGGAGAUGGCAGCUGCAGCAAGGGGGAGGACAUUGAGGCCUACUUGGAGAAACGGGUUUCUCUGUACCUUGAGGAAAACCACUGCAACAGGGAGCUGGCAGUUUUGGCCCUUGCUGUUUCUUGCCUCCACAUGUUUGCCCAGAGUAACUGGACUGGUCCUCCAGUGUCCAUCCAAAUGUCUGACCUCCUUCCCCAGGCCCUGCUCUCCUCUCAGCCCCUGACUGUGGUUGAGGCAAUCCACUCCAGCCUGCUCCUGGACGGGGAGUCUGUGUACAGCCUGGUAGCCAACCCCUUGCUCCUCCUGCUGGCCAGGGUUAUUCUCACCAAGUGCUCCUCAAAGAUGGACAACCUCCAGCUGAUGCCAUGGUGGACUCUGCGCUACGUCAGCCUACACCAGCAAAUUCUGGAGGCCUGUUCUUCACAGCUUCUUGACUUGGCCAAAAGCAGCAUAGACAAAGUGCUAAAAUGUCAGCCUCUGUUGUCCAAGCAGCGAAACCUGGCUAUCCAAUUCCACCUGGAAUGUGUCUACACCAGCCUGACUUACUAUGACUACCAGCCAGCCAAGGAACACAUCAAGAAGGCCCAGGAGCUCUCUGGGCUGAAUAUCAACCUGACUGGGGCUCUUGGCAAGCGGACCCAUUUCCAGCAGAAGUACCUGGCUCAACUUAUUCUUGAAGUCAAGAGAAAGCAGGAUCCGUCUGGCCCGGUGGAUGAGUUCAGUCCCGCCCCCACGCCUCUGGGCAGCCUGCCCAAGGACUACAGUCUGGAUGAUGAAACCCGGUUGGAUAAGAUCAAUUUUGCAGAAGCCGAUCAGAAUCAGCUGCCCGACCUCAGUGUUGAAGAGCAAGCCAUUAUUCUGGGUCUCUGCACUGACUUCCAGAAGAAUAACCCUGUCCACAAACUGACUGAGGAAGAACUCUUGGCCUUCACGUCGUGUAUUCUGUCUCAGCCAAAGUUCUGGGCUGUAGAAGUCACGGCACUUUGCCUCAGGACUAAACUGGAAAGGGGCAGCUCCCGAUGUGUCGAGAGAGCAAUGAUGCAAACCCAGGCAAUAGUAGACCACUUUGAAGACAAGAGCUGUCCGGUGACCGAGCGCCUCAAGGGGUUCUACUUCUGCCAAGCCCCCCCCAGGUGGGAUGUUCAGAAACAGCUGGCCAGCCUGCUGUCGGACCUCGGCUGCACCAGUUCAGCUCUGCUCAUGUAUGAAAAGUUAGAGCUCUGGGAAGAUGCAGUUAUCUGCUAUGAGAGGCUGGGCCAACAUGGAAAGGCUGAGGAGAUUGUUCGCAGAGAGUUGUUGAAGAAAGAGAAGCCCAGUCUGUACUGUCUCCUGGGGGACAUAUUGAGGGAGCAUCAGUACUACGACCGGGCGUGGGAGCUGUCGAACCAGCGCAGUGCUCGAGCCAUGCGCUCCAAAGCCCUGCUGCACCUCCGCAGCAAGGAGUUCCAGCAAUGUGUCGACUGCUUUGAGCGGUCGCUCAAAAUCAACCCAAUGCAGCUUGGAGUGUGGUUUUCUCUGGGUUGUGCCUACUUUGCCCUGGAGGGUUAUGAGGGAGCUGCCAAAGCUUUCCAGAGGUGUGUGGGGCUCGAGCCAGAUAAUGCAGAAGCAUGGAACAACUUCUCUUCAGCCUACAUUCGCCUCAAAAAGAAAGACAAAGCCUUCUGUACGCUACGGGAAGCCCUGAAGUGUAACUAUGAACAAUGGCAGAUCUGGGAGAACUUUCUCGUUGUGAGCACUGACAUUGGGGAGUUUGCUGAAGCCAUCAAGGCCUACCAUCGCCUGAUGGACCUCAGGGAAAACUUCAAGGACAUCCAGAUUAUACAGAUCCUGGUUCAGGCAGUUGUUGAAAACCUGACGGACCGGCAGGGCGGGGAGGCCGAGACGCUGCGGCCCAAGCUGAAGGAGCUGCUGGGGCGGAUCAGUUCCCGCCACAGCAGUGACUGUGAGAUAUGGCAGCAGUACGCUCUGCUGUACGGAGGCGGCCGCAGCUCCAACCCAGACGACAACCUAAAGGCUCUACAGUUCCUGUCCAAGGCCCACCGUUGCAAGGUUCAGAGUGGCGGUUGGGAGAAGGAACCUGGUCUCCUCAUGGAGGUGAUCCAAAGAGCCAUCAAUAUGGGUGAAGUGACCUUCAAUUACUGUGAGAAGAAAAGCAAUUCAACAGAAGCUCUUCAGAUGCUCUCCUCUACCCGCCUCAGUCUCAAGAGCCUGGUCAGCAAAGCUAAGCAAAUGCACACUGAUGUGGCGACUGGUCUAAUCCACCCUGAGCUGCAGGACGGUGUCGCUGCUUUGGAACGACUCAUCACUGAGCUACAUGAGCUCGGCGAGAAGCUGCGUGGCCAAUCGGAGUAACCGCCAGCUGAAAGCGUCCCAGUAGUAAAGCCUCAUGUCAAAUGCAUCACGUGUGCACUGUACGAGGGUCACAUGUGACAAUUGAGGACGACGUCAAUUAGAAAGAGAAAGCCAAAGGUCUCCUUUUUGUAAUUGUGAUCUUUUUAUACUUCUAUAUCCACAUUGGAACUGAUAUUAAGGCAUCAAAUAUUAAAAUAUUUAAAAUUUUA